CUCAGAAGCGGCCUGCCAGGCACCAGAGCCAAAAUGAAGACCCCAGCCCCUGGCCGCGCCUGUGGCAUCGUGCUGGUCCUGCUCUCGCUGGCCACCCUCCAGACCCUCAGGGCCCAAAAGAAUGACAUCGACAUCUACAGCCUCACUGUAGACUCCAAGGUCUCAUCCCGAUUUGCCCACACAGUCGUCACCAGCCGGGUGGUCAACAAGGCCAGUACUUUGCAGGAGAUCACCUUCCAGAUGGAGCUGCCCAAGAAAGCCUUCAUCACCAACUUCUCCAUGAUCAUUGAUGGUGUGACCUACCCCGGUAACAUCAAGGAGAAGGCUGCAGCCCAGGAGCAAUACAGCGCGGCUGUGGCAAGGGGAGAGAGCGCCGGCCUCGUCAAGGCCACUGGGAGAAAGACAGAGCAGUUCCAGGUGUCAGUCAGUGUGGCGCCCGCUGCCAAGGUCACCUUCGAGCUGGUGUAUGAGGAGCUCCUGGUGCGGCAUCUGGGAGCGUACGAGCUGCUGCUGAAAGUCCAGCCCCAGCAGCUGGUCAAGCACCUGCAGAUGGACAUUUACAUCUUCGAGCCUCAGGGCAUCAGCUUUCUGGAGACAGAGAGCACCUUCAUGACCAAUGAACUGGCAGAGGCCCUCAUCACCUCACAGAACAAGACCAAGGCUCAUGUCCGAUUCAAGCCGACGCUGUCCCAGCAGCAAAAGUCUCCAGAGCAGCAGCAGGACACAGUCCUGGAUGGCAACUUCAUCGUCCGCUAUGAUGUGGACCGGACUGUCUCCGGGGGUUCCAUUCAGAUCGAGAAUGGCUACUUUGUGCACUACUUUGCCCCUGAGCACCUGGCCACGAUACCCAAGAACGUGAUCUUUGUCAUUGACAAGAGCGGCUCCAUGAGGGGCAGGAAGAUCCAGCAGACCCGGGAAGCCCUCCUCAAGAUCCUGGGUGACCUCGGUCCCCGUGACCAGUUCAACCUCAUCAGCUUCAGUGGGGAAGCAGCCCAGUGGAAGCCACAGCUAGUGCCAGCCUCGGCUGAGAACGUGAAUGAGGCCAAGAGCUACGCCACUGGCAUCCAGGCCCAGGGAGGGACCAAUAUAAACGAUGCAAUACUGAUGGCCGUGCAGCUGCUAGAGAGAGCCAACCGGGAGGAGCUGCUGCCUGCGGGAAGCGUCACCCUCAUCAUCCUCCUCACCGACGGCGACCCCACUGCGGGGGAAACUAACCCCUCAAGGAUCCAGAAGAACGUUCAGGAAGCCAUAGAUGGCCAGCACAGCCUCUUCUGCCUGGGCUUCGGCUUCGACGUCAGCUACGCCUUCCUGGAGAAGCUGGCGCUGGACAACGGCGGCCUGGCCCGGCGCAUCUAUGAGGACUCGGACUCCGCGCUGCAGCUCCAGGACUUCUACCAAGAGGUGGCCAACCCACUGAUGACGUCGGUGACCUUCGAGUACCCAAGCAACGCCGUGGAGGCAGUCACACAGGACGCCUUCCGGCUGUUCUUCAAGGGCUCCGAGUUGGUUGUGGCCGGGAAGCUCCGGGACCAGAACCCUGAUGUGCUCUCAGCCAAAGUCAGGGGGCAGCUGAGGGACCCGGGCACCAUGCACCCCCAACUUCCCACCCCGGAAAAAACGGUGGGAAACCUGCCCACAGAGACUCACGGGCAGUCCUCGUCCCAGGUUGGUAACGUGGCCACGCCCCUGAGCACCGACACUUGUGCUCAUACGUCUUCCCCGCAGACCUUUCACUGGGCACCACAAUAUGCAGGCCUGGGUGGCCUGCACCCCAGGGUGACCAGAUGGAUUGAGGUGACUGGCCACUAUGAGACAGAGAAGGCCCACUUCUCGUGGAUUGAGGUGACCUUCAAGAAACCCCAGCUGCAGGUUCGUGCGUCCCCUGAGCACGUGGUAGUGACUCGGAACCGAAGAAGCUCUGCAUACAAGUGGAAGAAAACUCUGUACUCGGUGAUGCCAGGUCUCAAGAUGACCAUGGACAAGGCGGGGCUCCUGCUGCUCAGCAGCCCUGACAGAGUGACCAUCGGCCUGCUGUCCUGGGACGGCCCUGGGGAGGGGCUCCGGCUCCUUCUGCGGGACACUGACCGCUUCUCCGGCCACGUCAGUGGGAGCCUUGGCCAGUUUUACCAGGACGUGCUCUGGGAGCCCCUGGCAGCAGCAGAUGACAGCAAGCGAACACUGAAGGUCCAGGGGCAUGACCACUCUGCCACCAGAGAGCUCAAGCUGGAUUACCAAGAGGGGCCCCCGGGAACAGAGAUUUCCUGCUGGUCUGUGGAGCUGUAGUUCUGAUGGAAGGAGUUAUGCCCACCCCCCAUGCCGCCUGCUGGGUGCAGAUGGCUGCCACCCUGCGACCACAGGGCCACCUGUGGGUCCUGUAACAUCAUGGGGAGAGGUAUUUACGCUCAUUAAAAUAAAGAGAGGUGGUGUGAACCCA